AUGAGGCUCGACAUGUACUGGACCGCGUUGGUCCUCUUGUUGCCGACUGUGGUGUUCUUGACGGGACGAAACCUGCUACUCAGACCAUUUCACAAAUUCACAAGGAUACUCCGGGGAAGCGGGCAGAGCGAAGAGCGGGAGGAGGUCGUGUGCUGCAACGAGAAGGAUGAGGAGGCGAGUCGGUUUCGCCGAAUAUUCCUGCAGGUCUACCUGCUGGUGAUGGGGUCAGAAUGGCUUCAGGGUCCGUACAUGUACACACUUCUCCGAGACGAGAAGGGCCUCGACGAGUCCACCGUCGCCUGGCUUUAUGCCACAAACUACAUCGCCGCAGCCGUGUCGGCUCUGGGCGUUGGUUUCCUUGCGGACCGGUUUGGGCGGCGCCUGGCCUGCCUCGGGUUCUGCAUUAUCCACUCGAUAGCCUGCCUGACAGUGCUGUCCUCGAGCCUGCCCGUCAUAUUCCUGGGCCGCGUGCUCUCGGGCGUCGGCCUGACUCUGCUGUGGACCGUGUUCGAGAGCUGGAUGGUGACCGAGUUCAACGCGCGAGGACUGCACGCGAGCUCCAUCUCGCUGACGACCAUGUUCGGGAUCAUGACGACGAGCAACUGCAUGUGCGCCAUUCUGGGCGGAGUCCUGGGACACUGCUUGGUGCUCGCAUUGCGCUCAAGGACGAACCCGUUUGUGCUGGGAAUUGCACUGGAAUUCGUCGCCGUCUACCUGAUGUUCCGAGACUGGAACGAAAACUACGGGACCAGGCAGACCACCGACGAGGAAGAAAUCUCGGAAGCGCCAGAGAAGUCCAGCGAAGGCGCAUUCGGAGACGUCCGCGUCUGGAUGCUCAGCUUCAUCACCUGCUUCUUCGAGGGCGCCAACUUCCUCAUCCUCUACUUCUGGCCCGGCAUGCUGCAGGACGCGCACAGGCGCGCCCUGCUCGAGGCCGGCGACGAGGAUGCCGCCAACGCCAGCGAGGUGCCCUACGGCGUCGUCUUCGCCUCCUUCAUGGCGACCAUGAUUCUCGGCGCCCUGACCUUCGGCGUCAUCGCCCAGCAGGCCGGCAGCGGCGGUGGCGCCCCCGCGUCCCUCGUCAACCGCGUGCGCCGCGCCGUCGCGCCCUACCAGCUCUUCGCCGCCGCCAUCGCGCUCGCCUCGGCCAGCCUCUUCCUGCUCGGCACCGUGCGCUCCGAGCUCGGCAUCUUCCUGUCCUUCCACCUGUACGAGCUGUGCAACGGCGUCUACGUGCCCAGCAUCGCGUACCAGCGCGGCAUCAUCGUCGACGAGAGCCGCCGCACGGGCCUGUACGGCCUCAUGAAGAUCCCGCUCUUUGUCUUUGUCAUCCUGUCGCUGAACUUGUCUGCUGCCGACGAUCGAAAACGCAGGAUCGCUCUUCUAGUCGCUGGCGGAACGCUGCUUCUCGCGUCCAUCUGCGCUGCGAUGCUCAAGACAAAGCCACAGACGGACGAAAAGAUCGCGGACGGAGUCGAGUUCGUUCAGAUUGGAUUUGACGAGAAACUCGAUGACGCGUCUGAUGACGAGAGUGUUGAUGAUGAUUCUUUUGACGAUGACAAGCGAGAUGUGUGA